AUGGAAUGGGGCGCACUGCUCCAAACACUUGAACAUUCCCAUCGGGUAUGCUCUGUUGCAUUCUCUAUAGAUGGACAGCUGGUGGCAUCGGGCUCUUCAGAUAAAACGGUCAAAGUAUGGGACACGUUCACGGGGAAUUUACAAAAGAUACUUGAUCAUCCAGAUUGGGUAAGAGCUGUAGCAUUUUCACCAGACAACAAGCUACUAGCUUCUGGGUUAAGCGAUGGUACCAUCAGGCUAUGGGAUACAAUCAUAUGGCGUGAAACAGAACAAACCUUAAAGGGUCAUGCUGACUAUGCUACAACUGUUACCUUCUCGCCUAAUGGCCAGUUGGUGGCAUCGGGGUCACAUGAUAAGACAGUCAAGCUAUGGAAAGUGACCCCAGGGAAGGAGGAGCCAAGCCUGGACUGUCACUCAGAGCCAAUAGAAGGUGUGAUACUUUCACCGGAUGGUCGGUUGGUGGCAACCUACUCUUUGGAUUCCACAGUCACAUUAUGGGCUGCAGAGAAUGGGAAACUGAUGCGAACCCUCAAAGGCCACCACGAGGAAGUGACAGCAGCUGCCUUCUCUCCAAGCAGCAAGCUACUCGCAUCCAGUUCAACUGAUUGGACAGUCAGAAUAUGGAUACCGAGAACGGGCAACAGAAAUGGAAUUUCGACCAUGGUAGUACAAUUCUAUGUCUGGUCUAUUUCUUUGCAGAAAACCAAGUGCUGGCUACAGAUUUCGGGCAAAACACAUUUCGAAUAUGGAAUACAGAAACAGGACACCCUGAACAGACUGUGGGCAGUACCUACGAUCCUCGCAUUCGAAGUAUCUUUGGCACCAAUCAUUCAAACCAAGACAUGUCUGCCAAAUGCAAGAUCUCUCUUGAAGACGAGUGGAUUGUUAUUAAUGAAAAGAGAAGUAUUUGGCUGCCCCCAGAAUACCGAACCAACUUAUUAGACAACGUAUGGGUAACUCGAGAGAAUGCUCUUAUAAUUGGGGCUCAAUCCGGUCGUGUCUACUUCGUUUGGUUUGAUCCAGAUGCAUUGACAGAUGUAUGAUAUGCUGACAGAACCCCAGGAGGACGAAUAUCCUCAAGUCCUGCAAAACCAGAUUAUCUUCACGUGUUUGUGUUUUCCUUUCUCUCUAUUCUAUCUUGACCUCCUGGUAUUUUUCUUUUUUCCGUUUCACAGUACACAUUUGAUCGAAAAAUGCACAUCUGCAGCAGGUCCAAGCGCCGUACAAUGCUCCAUUCACGCUGAGCAUCGUGUACAAGCCUAGACAUACCGGAUUAAUUGAAAUAAAAUGUGUUGGAUGAGUUGUGCUGGAUGGGAACGUACCUACUUUCUUCAUGUUAAGAGAAGAAUACGGAGCAAUGCUACAAAUUUUUAGAAAUUGGACAUCAUUGUAUUUCCUUUCCCCUAC